UCCUCUGUUUAUCGCUUUAUGACUUACAGCACAGAAUCCCUGGUGGUAAUGUCUGGUUUGUUUAGAAGGUUUAAAUCAGUCUGAGCUCUCACCCAUCUUCAGCAUAAAGUCACUGUUUUAACACAACAUAGCUUUUUUGUGUAAUCCGAGGGAGGAAAAAUUGUUUGGUUAUACAUUAUAAAAAUCUAAUCCAUCAGCAGAAAGUUCAGCUUUCACACCCCAUAAAGCUGAACUUCCUUUGCUAACUAAGCAGCCAGUCGUGUCGAUCGUCGCGUAUUUUUCCGUGAGCAGAAGUCGUGACCAAUGAGCAGGUGAUACUACGUACGUGUGAAGCUACGUACCUCUGGGCCGAAUAAAAAAUAUAUAUAAUUACAUGUUUACACUUUUAAUGACAAAUAAGUUAAAAUAAUAAGUUGAGAAGUAUGACUUACACAAAGACACAUUUAUUCAAUAGUAGGCCUAUGAAGUAUAUGAAUAUUUGGAGCAUGGGUCGAUUUUGUAAGCUUUGAUUUAUGGAUAAGGAGGAUUAAAUAAAUGUUUUCCUUCUUUUCAUCCCUUUUCGAACAGGCAAAGAACAUUGACUAUAAACUUUGUUGUCAAAUGUUUUAAUUUGAGUAUUUUAUGUGUCAGAUUUAAUAAUGCCGCAUUCAAUUGUUUCAUUUUUAGCUUUAUGAAGUGUAACAUUAUAGCCAUAGUGUUGCUAUAGAAAUACACACAGUUGUCUCUCACAUCUCUUUACAUCAUAUGAGAGGGGCGGGCUGUUGGGUUUACAGUGCAGUGUUAGUGGGUCGUCCGUGUGCUUCCACGCUCACAGUGUAGCAUAGCUCUGCUGUUUCAGACACCAUGAGAGGAUCGGCAAUGUUUCUUUUAGCAGUAUUACUGAUAGAGACAUGGCUCGGAUUUAUUCAUACACUCACUGUUCUGGAGCCUAUUCUACACGAGUCAUCUCUUCUCAAGCCCACAGUAGUCAUUGCGAUUUUAGCCCGUAACAGUGAACACAGUCUUCCUUAUUUUCUGGGAUGCAUUGAAAGACUGGACUAUCCAAAGGACCGCAUCUCUAUUUGGGCUGCUACUGACCACAAUAUUGACAACACCACGGCUAUGCUGAAAGAAUGGCUCUCUGAAGUGGAGAAUUUGUAUCAUUUGGUAAAACUGCAGACCAUGGAGGAGGAGACGAGUUUCUAUGUGGAUGAGUUGGGACCAAAGCACUGGCCUGACUCUAGAUUUACUCAUGUGCUGAAACUGAGGCAGGCUGCACUGAGAUCAGCCAAGGCACAGUGGGCAGACUACAUACUGUUUGUAGACAGUGAUAACCUGCUGACAAACACGCAAGUGCUAAAUCAGCUGAUCGCUGAAAAUCUUACACUGGUUGCUCCAAUGCUGGAGUCCAGAACACUCUAUUCCAACUUUUGGUGCGGUAUGACCCCACAGGGAUAUUACAAACGAACACCACAUUAUGUACCCAUACGGAAUUGGAAACGAAUUGGUUGCCAUCCCGUUCCCAUGAUUCACUCCACCAUGCUGAUAGACCUGCGUCGGUAUGCUAGUGCAUCCCUGGCCUUUUACCCCGUCCACCAUUACUAUGUCUGGACUCUGGAUGACAUCAUGGCAUUUGCCUUUUCUGCCAGACAAGCCGGUGUGCAGAUGUUCGUAUGUAAUAAAGAGCAUUAUGGCUAUCUGCCACUCCCUUUGAAGACAAAGCAGAGUCUGGAGGAGGAGGUGGAGAGCUUCAGCCACACUGUCACAGAGGCACUAAUUGACUUUAAAAUGGAAACUUCACAAUAUCUGCACACUUCCUUCAAACCCAAAGAUACCAUGGCAUUCAAUCAGGUCUACCUGAUCAAUCUAAAGCACAGAGCAGAUCGUAAAGAUCGUAUGCUGCGCUCGUUGGAGGUGCUGGGCAUAGACGUAACCAUCACAGAUGCGGUGGAUGGCAAAGCCUUAAAUUUAUCUCAGCUGAAGGCUUUAGGUAUUGAAAUGCUGCCAGGUUAUAAAGAUCCUUACUCUGAGCGUGUCCUAACUAAGGGGGAAGUCGGUUGCUUCCUCAGUCAUUUCAACAUUUGGAAAAAGGUGGUGGAGCUCCAGCAACAGCAGGUGCUUGUACUGGAGGAUGAUGUGAGGUUUCAACCCGACUUCAAGAGCCGCCUUAGUAUCAUCAUGGAGGAUGUAAAGCAAUCUGGACUUGAGUGGGACUUAAUUUAUGUGGGGCGUAAACGAUUGCAGAUCAAGCACCCCGAGCACUGGGUGGAGGGGGUCCAUAGUAAGGUGAGCCCAGAUUAUUCUUAUUGGACUUUGGGCUACGCCCUUUCACUGCAGGGGGCACAGAAGCUUCUGGAUGCAAAGCCCCUCAGUAAGAUGCUGCCAGUGGAUGAGUUUCUACCCGUUAUGUUUAACAAACACCCCAAGAAGGAAUAUAUGUCUUACUUUAAACUGAGAAACUUGAGGGCUUUCUCUGUAGAGCCUCUGCUUCUCUUCCCCACACACUACACUGGAGAGCCGGGUUAUUUCAGUGAUACAGAGACCUCCACUAUCUGGGAUGACGAGACUGUGGCCACUGACUGGGACCGCCAUCACAUCCGCGGAGACCGCAGUCGUGGUGAUAAGACCCCUACUCCCAUCUCUGAGAGUAGUGGAAAAGAUGAACUUUGAUUACAGAAUUAUUAUGGAAUUUGUCAAAUGUCUUAUAAAACAGCAUGGACUAAAUAAUAUGGAAAAGGUGCCAAGUUGAGCAUUUCUUUGUUGAAGAUGUAACUGGUAUGGUUAGCCAGGCAUCUGUACCAGUUGAAGCUGUGAGAAAAACACUGAACAGGUAAAACAAUGCCUGAUAUUAUAAAAUGUAAAAAAAUUGAUGAAAAUGAUGGAUGAAACAAUAGUUUAAGCCAUUAGAUGAAGUUGGGUACAACACUCUUUGAUAAAAUACAUAAUAAUACAUGAUAUUAUGUAGUUCAUUGUUGCAGUAAGGUAGCUACUAAUAAAAUACAGGACUGUUGAUUUGUAAAGAUUAUCAUGACAAAUGUCUGUGUCUUUGCCAUCUUUCAUGAAUAAUCUUCUAAAAAUGAGAGAUUUUCUCAAAUACAAGUAUUUACAGACCACUGUAGACUUCAAAACGGUUUCAGCAGUAAAAACAUGAACAAACGCCUUUCGUGGAACAAACGUAAUUUCCAAUAAACUUUCGCAAAAAAUAAUCAAUAACAAGUCCUUUAAGUAUCAAAAACUACACUUAGCUCAUGCUACUGUGUAAAAUGUGUACUAUAUAAUGCAUACAAUGUUAAAGGCGGGGUGCAUGAUUUUUAAAAAAACACUUUGGGAAAGGGAGUCGGGCCGAGUACCAAAACACACUUGUAGCCAAUCAGCAGUGAGGGGCGUGUCUACUAACCAACAUUGUUGCCUGGGUUAUGUGAAAUUUCAAACCUGUUUAAUUUAAAACAACCAAGAGACGAGUUAUUGCCGUAUUUCGAAAUCAAAGAUUACAUUUAAUCGUGUUAAGAUACUCAAUUAUUUCUCAACUGAUAAAAUUAUCUAAUUCAAAUAUAGUUUGUGUGGGGCGCGUCUUUCAAAAGAAGAUCCACUUUCUAUUGGGGUAGGGGCAUGUUUGUUUGGGUGAUUUCAAAUGUCAACAUUGGCUUUCAGAUAUCAUGCACCCCGCCUUUAACUACAGAUUGGCUCACCUUUCAUACCAUUGAUCCAUGAUCGUCACCUCCCCUCAUCUUUAGGAAACCAAAAACAUUUGUUAUUUUUGACAAGAUAUUUGUCCCAGAGUUCAGUUUAGCCACUAGCAAGACCAUUAAAGGGGACAUUUCAUGAAAAUCUGACUUUUUGCAUGUUUAAGUGCUAUAAAUGGCUCACCGGUGCUUCUAUCAAUCUAGUUAAUAUGAAAAAGAACAGCCCAGGGCUGUCACGAUUAUGAAAUUUGGCUGACGGUUAAUUGUCUAAUAAAUUGUGACGGUUAUGACAAUUAAUUGCCUGUUUUAUUUCUUUGACAUUUAAUUCUCAUUAUUUUUUUGUUUGUUCAUGGAAUAAUUUUCACACAC